GAUUGUACCACACAGUCCUGCACUCGGAGUUGUUCCGUUCACUUCAUUCAGGUCAUCAGAUUUCCAUCACUGAACUGAGAAACUGGGCUUUCGUCUUUCACACCCACCAGUGACCUGUUGUUGUGUUUUGAAAGCAAUGGAUGCGAAGGCUCAGGAGCCCGCCGCAAAGCGCAAGGCUCUGCUGCCUUCGUUGGUGAAAGCUAAGAAGAAGUUGUUGGAACAGGCUGAAGAGUCGGGAGUUCAGCUGAGCGGCGGCCUCGCUUCCGAUGAUCACAUUCCGCUCGAACAGAUAUUCGUGAAUUUGGCCUUUUUGUCUGAAAAGGAAUUGAAAAGAGACUUUGAUGAAGCGUUCUCGACGUAUGCUGAGAGUCGUGAACACGCAGUGCAAUUUAGCAAAGCCGAUCGAAUUGAAUUGAAGAACCUGUUUCGUGCCGCAGCGUCGAGUGUUGACGACGUUUCCCAUUCAAAAGGAAAAUCUGCACCAGCAGCUACAGCGACCGAGCGACCGAAUCUCUGUGGCAAGGUGUUACGGAAUGUACUGGCGUACGGAUCUGCUGGUAGUGGCAAGACCACAGUGUUUCUGCUCAUGGUUCUAUACCUGUGGAGCAGAGGCGAACUAUGGCAGGAGGAAUUCGAUCUGGUCGUAGGACUGGAGCUUCGUAAAAAAGAGGUGAGAGCUGCCACUAGUCUUGCUGAGCUGCUGGCUGUGAAACUGGCGAGCCAGGGCCUGUCGCAGACUGAGAUAUUGGAGCUAGCAAACUACUUCGAGGAUUCUCCAAGCCGUCUAUGUGUCAUCAUGGACGGCUUGGAUGAAUGUGAUUUCGCCAGCUGCAGUUUGUUCAUGAGUGACUUGCUGAAACGUGAGGGCAUGGUGAAGACACACGUGAUCGUCACAAGCCGUCCAUGCCAGGAUGCAUAUCAACUAUCGCAGUGUGGCAAAUAUCAGCAGAAGAUCCAAGUACUCGGUUUCUCACCGGAGAACGUGAGGGAGUAUGCAGAGAAGGUUCUCGGUAGACAGCGCGCUGAAAUUCUGCUGGCAGAGCUGCAAAACAAGCCGGAUGUGUCAUGUCUUAUGGCAACUCCCAUGUUCGCAGCCCUAACAUGUGAGCUUUUCAAGAGCAACAAUGCCGUGUGGAAGUGCAGUGCAUCCCUGUACGAAUCGUUACUGCGCCGAGUAGUAGAGCGUGCUGGUGGUGCGGUUCGCGAGUCGAUUUCACUGGCACCCAGCAAAGUGGUCCAGUCGCUACAGGAACUGGGGCGUUUUGCGUUUCGCAUGCUGCUGGGGAAAAGGAUGGUGUUCAACACGGCUGACGUCAAGAACUCCCACUUGAGCAAGGAUGCAAUGAGCUUGGGUCUUCUACAAACAUGCCAGGGCACAAUGUCUACGGACGUUCGGCAAUACCGCUUCUGCCAUCUGUCACUGCAGGAGUUCCUGGCGGCAUGGUUUCAGGCGGAAUGCGUGGUGAAAGAAAGACAUCACGCCAUUGCACUGGUACGGCGACUGGGCGCGUACGAUGGCCAUAUGGCAAUGUUCUGGAAGUUUCUCAUUGCUCUAUGCCCGGAAGACGUGUCGCUGACCAUCAUGGAGGAGCUAUGGCGUGUGCAGUGUGCGGAUCCCAUACCACUGGAUCCUAGCGGUGAGGCGGACGAAUCCACCAAACGAGCUAAUAGAUGGGCCAGCGACGGGCGAGAGGAGCGGGCUUCCAACGCGACUACUACAGCUACCAGACAUGCUGCCACUGCCGCUAGACGUGCUGCCACCGCCGCUAAGCUAGCCGAGGACAUGCGCAACGACUCAAGUGUCCUGACCGGUGAGAUGGAGAUGGCAAAGGUCCACGACCGUCUUUGCCAGAUACUGAAGGCCGAGCACAUGACAGUCCUCGCCGACAUUCUCCUCAUUCCUCGGCAUGACCGUGGCAAGGGCCAUGGUGGGGAACGUGUGCGCCGUUCCAUGCCCAUCAGCCGAGAGCCCACAGACGCGCUAUUCCUAAAGACUCUCCUGACGGUGUGGAUGGAGAACGGCAGUGUUGCAAAUGGCACUGUGCUGCUGGAAGCGCUAUCCCAGGUGGAUGCCGUGCUGGCGCGGCCGUGCGAGAGUCUCCUUCAUCCCGCUGCUAUGCUGCUGAGUCGUGAAUCCCUGCAAGCUGCUCCUUCUGGCAUUGUAAGUCUAGCUGAUGCUGCUGCUGUCGCUGCUCAUGCACAUUCUUCUAUACGUAGGUUGUUUGUUCAUCUUGUUGUGGCAUAUCAUGAGCAUGCAGAGUAUCACGGUGUUUCCUGCAACUGGACACAUCCUUUCUUUCGUACUAUGCUUGCAUCAAAGCUCAUUCUCAAUGGCGUUUCUCUUUCUUCUCAUGAAUGUGUUGCUCUCAGUUCUUUACUGCGUGACUAUACAUGUAGUGAUUUGGAGGAAGUCGACCUCAACUUUUGUCGUAUUGGCGAUGAGUCAUUUCACAGCUUGUCAGCAGGCUUACAGAGGUGUAGCAGUGUACGUGUACUAGAUCUAGAUUAUAAUGCUAUUCACGAUGGUCAGGCAUUGUCCUCCGUGAUUUCAGCCAUGUCUGCUAGUCUUGUGGUUGUGAGUGUCACUGGUAACCCUGUUGGUGUGAGUGGUUUUGUGUCGGUGUGCCGUGCACUUAGUCAGUGUAAGAAUGUACACAAAGUCUAUGCCCUGUACAUGUGUAGUGAUGGUGCUGCACCGUUGUCUGUACUCUGUGAUAUGUUGGAGCAAUGUACACAGCUGAAAGUGUUGGGGUUGAAUGGGAAUGUGUUUGUGGGUUGUGAGGAUGAUGAAUUGAGAUUCAUUGAAGCAGUGAAGGUGUGUACACAGUUACAUAUACUGUCCGUGUAUGACUGUGGCUUGAGUGCGAAUGUACGUUCUCAACUUGUCACUGUGUUCACAGAGUGGGGGCGUCGGGAUGACUUGUAUGGUGUGUGAGUAUGUAGACUGGUUGUGUGAGUGUAAUGUGAUUGUGACAAUGUAUGUUGUGUUGUAAUUUGACCACACAGUCAUGUAAACUCAGUAAAUUUGUUGUAAUUUCUUUAGAAAAUGUAAAGUUUUGUAUUGUUUUGUUCCCCUGUAUACCCCCUACCCCUAAACCCUGACCAUGGAUAGGUUUUUUUGCCUGCUUUUCUUCUUGUACAUAUUAUGUUUUUGCUUGCUGCUUGCCUGCUUACUACUCUAAUGUUGAGGACUGUUGUGAAUAGAUUUCUGAUGUUUUCAUGCCUAUAAUCAUAUCUGCUGCUACUGCUAUGCUAUGUUGUUUUUUCAUCAUUGAUUUAUGAACUGAUAGUAAUUUCUAUGUGUGUUUACAAUGUUCUAUAUGUAAUUUUGUUUAUUUUUUGUCAUAGUUUGUGUAAUCAUGGAGAAUUGGAUUUAAAACAG